AUGUCUGAAGCCAUUGGUAAAGCUGCUGAAACAGUGAAAGACUCGGUUGAAAAAGUUACCGCUCAAGUGAAGAAUUUGACAACCCAGCAAGAAGGUUCGGAGCCUGUCAUUUUGGGUGAAGAUGGCCAACCAUUGUCCAAGAAAGCCUUGAAGAAAUUGCAGAAAGAACAAGAGAAACAGAAGAAGAAGGAUGAAAAGGCCCGCCAACUCGCCGAGGAAAAAGAAGCCCGUGAGCGUGAAGCGGCUGCUAACGAUACCGCAAAACACAAUUAUGGUAAAUUGCCUUUGAUUCAGUCCACUACUAAGACCGGUAUUCCAAGAGUCAGACUCGAGGAACUUUCUGAGGCCGACGAUGGCAAAGAGGUUCUCAUCAGAGCUCGUGUACACAACUCGAGACAGCAAGGUGCCACUUUGGUGUUUUUGACCUUGAGACAACAAGCGCAAUUGAUCCAGGCACUAGCUAAGUCCAACUCAGAGGGUACCAUCUCCAAGCAAAUGGUCAAGUGGAUUGGUUCUGUGAAUCCUGAGAGUAUUGUUUUGGUGAAAGGUAUCGUCAAGACUGUGCAAGAGCCCAUCAAAUCAGCAACCGUCCAAAACUUGGAAAUCCAUAUCACUCAGAUUCACACGAUUUCAGAAACUCCACAACAACUACCUAUCUUGAUUGAGGAUGCAUCUCGUUCUGAUGCCGAAGCCGAAGCUGCUGGUUUGCCAGUGGUCAACUUAGACACCAGAUUAGACGCUCGUGUUAUCGAUUUGAGAACCGCUACAAACCAAGCUAUCUUCAGAAUCCAGUCUGGUGUUUGUGAACUAUUUAGAGAGUUUUUGACUAAAAGAAGAUUUAUUGAGAUCCACACUCCCAAACUGCUUGGAGCUCCUUCUGAGGGUGGUGCGAACGUCUUUGAAGUCACUUAUUUCAAGGGUAAGUCUUACUUAGCCCAAAGUCCUCAAUUCUACAAACAGGAAUUGAUUGCGGCUGAUUUCGAACGUGUUUUUGAAGUGGCACCAGUUUUCAGAGCUGAGAAUUCUAACACACACCGUCAUAUGACCGAGUUUACUGGCUUGGAUUUGGAAAUGGCCUUUGAAGAACACUACGAUGAGGUUAUCGAUGUUCUAAGCGACUUGUUCGUUUUCAUCUUCACCGAAUUGAAGGUUCGUUACGCCAAGGAAAUUGCCUUGGUUCGUAAGCAAUACCCAGUUGAAGAGUUCAAACUACCAAAGGAUGGUAAGAUGGUGCGCAUCGCUUACAAGGAUGGUAUUGCCAUGCUAAGAGCCGCUGGUAAAGAGAUCAGCGACUUGGAAGAUCUGUCGACGGAGAAUGAGAAACACUUGGGUGCUUUAGUUAGAGAGAAAUACGACACUGACUUCUACAUUUUGGACAAAUUCCCGCUAGAAAUUCGUCCAUUUUACACGAUGCCUGAUCCAACUGAUUCUCGCUACUCGAAUUCCUACGACUUUUUCAUGAGAGGUGAAGAGAUCUUGUCUGGUGCUCAACGUAUCCACGACGCAGAAUUCCUAAGAGAAAGAAUGACCCACCACGGUCUAUCGCCAGAAGAUCCUGGUCUAAGCGACUACGUUGACUCUUUCACCUACGGAUGUGCCCCACAUGCCGGUGGUGGUAUUGGUUUGGAGAGAGUGGUCAUGUUUUUCCUGGACUUGAAGAAUAUUAGAAGAGCGUCUUUGUUCCCUAGAGACCCUAGAAGAUUGAGACCAUAG